CCAGACGCCCACGGUCUUCUCUCUCUCUAUAUAUAUAUAUAUUUAGAAUAUCAUAUACUCCGUACGUAUACUUCCCUUGCAUCUCUACUUCUUUCUUCGCAGAGCUCUUAUAGAAACAAUCUCUGUGUUGAGUAUUCAUAUUGUAAGGGUUUAGCAGAGUGUUUUUGUUGAGUAAUGGCGGCAGAGCCGGUGAAGUCACAGCCGCUCCACAAUUUCUCGCUGGCACAUCUCAAAUGGGGCCACAGGAGCCACCAUAGCUCCUCCUCCGCCUCUAACCAACGCUUCCGCCGACGGGACUCUCCACCGUCCGCCGCUGAUCUUCAGACCCAACUUAACGCCAACACCGUCCACCGUCGUCCUUCUCCUCCUUCCGGCGACGCAGAGUUAGAGUCUGGCCCCAAACUCCCUCCACCCGAGUUUCCAUUCUCUCUUUGCUCCACCCAGAAGCGACACGGAGAGGAAAACGUCCCCGCUGUGGUCCCGGAGGAAGGGGAGACGAAGGCGUUGAACCUGCGGCCGAGGAAGGCGAGCGGAACCCCGUCGGCGAGGAACAGUGAAAUGCGGGAAACCAAUUGCGUGGUUGACAAGAACAGCGGGUGUGUUAUGCCCAUGUCUGAGAGGCUUAGAGGGAUUGCGGAAGGCGCGAUGGAGAGGAAGGAGAAGAUGAAGAAGAAGAAGAGGAAGUUCUGGAUCUCGCUUUCGAGGGAGGAGAUUGAGGAAGACGUUUAUUCUUUGACUGGGUCUAGACCCUCUCGGCGACCCAAGAAACGCCCCAAAGCCGUUCAAAAGUUAGUCGACAAUGUUUUCCCUGGAUUGUAUUUGGUUGGACUCACUGUUGACUCUUAUAGAGUUCACGAGUCUCUGAAGUAGAUGUGAGGAGAUAAAGAGCUUGAGAUUUAGCUGCAGAGAGGGAGGUAUAAAGAACUGAGUUGUGUAAAAGGAAGGGAUGUUACCAUACUUUUUUAGUCUUCUUUUUAGUUUUUGGACAUAUGAUUUUGAUAGGGUUGAUUAUGGUAGCUAGCUAGCUAGCUUAAAAUAUGUAAAAGACAAAUAUACAAUCAUUGACAUGUUAUCAGUUGAAGCUUGAUUUUGUGAAAUUCAUUUUUGUGGCUUGGCAGGCUUCCAGACUCUCUGUUUGGAGGCAGAUCAGAGCUCAUAUUUAG